AUGACGCCAGACAUGCCCGUUACGUUUACGUCUCGAAAUCCAGAUCCGAAUCUUGAUGGCUAUCCGUCGUUUAUCGAAAGGGUGGUGAAGUGGGCGCAACACGGUAUGGUGUCCAUAUCGAAGGGCGUUUUCAUUUCAUUUGGGUCCGAACGCAGCAAGAGCUGGCCCAGACUGUCCUCCAGAGGAAUUGUCAUGGAUUUUGCAAUGCAGCAAGACAAGACAUGGCAACAAGAGCGAGGCAAAACAACAAAAAUCGACGAACCGAAAAGCCGUACUUGCUCAAUAGGAUCUUGCGUGUCACCCAGCCAGUCACCCAGCCUGUCACGAUGCGGGCAGAAGACGAGCAGAUCGGAGGGCAGAGGGCAGUAUGACAGCCAUUUGGCAACUGCAGAGCUGUUUGUACUGCCUAAACUCGGGACGAGACAUGGCCAGAAGCUAAGCGCGAUGAAAUAA